CUAAUUAUCAGUCAUUAUCCGAAAAAAGAUAGACGAAUGUACAUUGAUUAAAAUAGAACACCAAAAAUGAGGAAGUUAUAAUGAUUUGAAAACAGACGUACUACUUUAAUGUUUAAAUUGAAAUUAUUACUACACAUAGACGAACCUAUACCACUGACAUACUCAAAGUUCACCUGUACUUAUGUAUAAUUGUGACAAUUUAUGUUGUUCACAUGUGAUUGACUAGUUUGACACUAAAGGGAACUUAUCAUAAAAAAGAGAGAAUACUGGAUAUUAUUUCACAAACAAGGAAAACAAGGAGCUACUUUCAAUGGAUGAUCGAGAGCAACCGCAUGCAGAAGUUGUAUUCAUGGGAGAAGCACGAGUAGGAAAGACAGCUUUAGUUAAUCGAAUAAUCAAAGGAUCAAGUUAUUUUUUAUGGAACGACAACUAUGAACCUACCAUUGAGGAUUCAUUUGUCAGAGAAUUUAUAGUUGGGGGAAGGUUAUGCAGGUUGAGACUUAUUGACACUGCUGGCGGUUACAUGUUUCCAGCAAUGAGCAGACUAUGGCAACGAAGAGCUUCCGCGUUUGUAUUAGUUUGUGCCAGAGAUAACCCAACAAGUCUAGACAGGAUACGAACAAUUUUGAAAGAAAUUCAAGAUGAAAGACAAGAAAACUACAGAAAAUUGAUAACAGUGAUAGUUGUCAACAAAAGUGACAUUAGGGAAAGUGAAUGGCUGGUAAAAGAUGAAGACGUUGAACAACUAGCAGAUGACUUACAAAUACCUUUUAGUUCGAUUGUUACUGCAUCAGCUCGUGAUAAUUACGGUAUGAUUGAAAUUUUAAAAGUACUAUGGGAACAAAAUCAAGCAGCUGGAGAGAAUAGAAUUUUAUUCGACUUCUUGUCUUCUAAGUCUGACCAGGCUGAUCAGAGAAGACGAGCAAGUGCAUUUGCUGUACUUUUUGGGAAUUCAUCAUCUAAAGGCGCAACAGUUAUUCACAUAGGAUACAAUAAACGUCCUAGGCAUUCUGAUGCACAGGAAAGAAAUAACCUGGCACUUGACACAAACGCUAAGUUACAAGAUAUAAAUUCACCUGGAAUAGGAUUUAUUAGAAAGCUAGGGCGACUAAGUCUUGGUGGACAUCGCAAAAAUAAACGAGACAAAGCAGGCCAAGAACCUUCUAUUAUUAAACUAGACUGUGUUGUAUCUUAAAAAUCCUAUUGUAA